CUUCACGCAGACGUCGAUCCUCUUGUCUGCCGACCGUCACUAACAACCCGCAGUGUCGUUGCUUACAAUCGAAUUUAUUUCCUCAUCAAAAUGAACGUAGCCGCGCUGCUACAAGAUUCCCCUUCUGAUGAUCGACGGCCUGGAACUGCGAGCGGCAGCAGCACGAGGUUGGCUGGUCCUGGAGUUACUGUUGAUAGUGGUGGUGGUGGCGGAGGCGGUGUAGGUGGUGGAGGGAGAUUGUCUGACUCAGGACGGAUACCUGACGCUCCCGUCAAUGGUGCUGCUCGUCUACCUGAUGUUGGCGUUACCAUAGGGCCCAGGGUCGUGGAGACCAGGUUACCACCAACUGGACCAAGAGAGAUGACGCGCGAGCCACCCCGAGAACCUAGGGAAGAUAGAGAACGGAGAUUGUCGAGGGAGACAGGCGAUCGUGCGCCACCGAGGGAACUAACAGCUAUAGAUUCCCGCCUGCCUCCGCGGGAGCCAAGAGACGAGAGGUUGAUUCCUCGAGAAAUUGAAAGGCUUCCACCUCGUGAGCUCAGGGAUGACAGGCUGGCACCACGAGAUAUACAGGUUGAGCGACAAAAUGAACGGCCAAUUGAACGACUUCCGCCUCGUGAACCUAGGGAUGAUAGACUGGUAACACGGGAAAUAGACAGACGGGAUGACAGGCCAUUGGAGAGACUCCCUCCACGUGAACCUAGAGAUGAUGCAAGGUUAGUACCACGGGAGAUUGAGCGAAUGCCACCACGCGAACCGAGAGAAGAUAGAACCCCGAGGGAGAUUUUGCCACCCCGGGACAUGGAACGCAGGGAUGAGAGGCUUCUUCCACGCGAAAUACCGCCUCGCGAAGUCGACAGACUCCCUCCUCGCGAAAUUGAGCGCAUACCCCCGCGGGAGCCUCGUCUGCCUCCACGAGAAAGAAGCGUGAUCCGGGAAGAAAGAUUGCCACCCAGGGAGCCCCGAGAUCUGCGAGAUAUACCCCGGGAGGCAAGAGACAUACGUGAAAUUCCACGGGAGCCUCGGGAGAUACGCGAUGUACCUCGAGAACCGCGAGAAAUACGCGAUUUGCAACGAGAACCUCGCGAUGUACGUGAUAUGCCACGAGAGCCGCGCGAUAUACGUGAGUUGCCUAGGGAUCCCAGAGAAAUACGUGACGUACCUAGGGAACCAAGAGAAGUCCCUCGAGAGCCGCGAAGUGAGCGUGAUCGUGGUCCGGGACCAGGUCCGGGGCCAGGACCAGGACCAGGACCAGGUGGCUGGGCGCCGUGGCCUAGAGAGGAGGGUUGGUGGGGGUUUGGUGGAAGAGAAAGGGAGAGGAGGGAAAGGGAGAGAAUGGAUGUUCGGACGAUUGAUAGGGAACGACUAGAGGCGAGGGAGCGAGAAAGAGAACGAGAACGGGAACGGGAACGGGAACGGGAACGGGAAAGGGAAAGAGAAAGGGAAAGAGAAAGGGAGAGAGUUUCGCCUCAGGGACGCACCAUACAUGACGUGAACAGGGAGAGGGAGCGAGAGAGAGAACUGUUCCGCUCUCCAGCAAUGGCAAGUCUUGGUAUGGAUGGACCAUACGGGCCAGCCUCAAGAAGAGAUGACAAAGCGGCAUCCAGACCAAUUAACCCUACCCCCAUUAACCCUGCACGCCCAGUCAUUGAUGAAAGGGAGCGAGCCGAGCGAUUAGGUGAACGAAUGGAGAGGGAACGCAUAGAGAGGGAACGUGUGGACCGAGAACGCAUGGACCGCCAUACACCCAAGCCAUUCGUACCAGGCUCUCUCCCUCAACGCCAAUUCCAGAAUCAGUUCCACACACAAUUCGUUCCGGCCGCGUCUGGUCCGGUCGGUAUUCCAAUGGGAGGGCCUCCAGGGAUCGUCUUUGAUAAUUCAAACAAGAAACGGGAGCGGGAGAUCGUACGAGAUUCUCGGGGAGGAAAGAGACCAAGGUUGUCUCGUCCCGUUCGAAGCAAAGUAAAACUACACUUGGGCACAUAUGUUUGGCCCAAAGUGCCAUUCCCCUUUCACUUCCCUCCGCCAACACCCAAAGAGGAGUUCCCGCCGUUACCGAAUCCGGUGAAAGAAGGCGAGGAAGAUGCGAUCAUCGUGGACUGCGAACGGGUAGCUGAAGUUCUUGUGCCGAACGGAUUCUUCCCCGAUUCACGGCCACCACCGGGGAAAACCAAAAUCUGGGGUGGUGGCGACUCGGAAAGGAGAGUAUACACGGAUGAUUCUGACCUCUUUUCAUGUGCUGUGCACGCAGGUUGGGUCACGUAUAGCGGCGCAAGAAAGGCCAAGAAGGAAGGGAGUGACUUGAGGGUACGUGUAAGGAUCAUUCGGGUUUCGGGAAGAGGACCGGAGGUCGGUAAUUCUAAGGAGGAAGUCAUUGGCCGAUUUUUGGGUGGAUGGGGUGAGGGAGAGGGAGAGGGCGAAGAGGAUGAUGGACGGGGGUUGAUGAGCUGCGGAUGGGGAGCAGGCCACGAUGGGAGUGCUAUUGAGGUACUUGGGGUGGAGUGGGUCAGCAAACGAGGUGGUAGGGGCAGAGUAGGACGAAAGCAGAGAUUGGAAGAGUACGCUCAGAGAAGGCAGGAAAUCCUGUCUGAUCCUGAGGAAUCAGAGACGAUCACGAUGAGAUUUGGAUAGCCCCACUAGCUUUGGUUCAUAUAAUUUAUUUUUUUCAGUAUUUUCUUUAUUUUGUUGGUGAUGGAAGCUAACGCCCAUAAUGAUACACAAGUAGGUAAAGUUGGAGUGAAGUAAGCGAGCUAGCUUGUCUCCUCUUUCUCCAAAUUUUUGCUGUCGGCUGUUUCUUGCUCGCCUGAUACACAUUUCUCUUCCCGAUCACAUUGUAC